UCUGGACACAAGUUGGAUUUCUGCCUUGCCUUUCCUGUCCCGUCCCAGUGAACGGAGCGCUCUGACAGCGGGAACAAGCCCAGUAAUAAGUCACGAGACGGCUCCUCAUUCCAUACUCUACCCUGCAACAAGACCUGCUACUCUCAUGUUACAGCUGUGCAACAAUAGUUUGUGUUGAGUUAUAUAGGUCAGUGGUGUGUGCUUGAUAAACAUAUAGAAAUAUAUAUGUAUGUGGAUGGAUAUGGUCAUUUCUGUUCUGUGGGUACAGAAGAUAUUGUAUUUUAAUUCAAUAAAAGUGGUGUUAACUAAACCAUCUUGAAUUGUUUAAUUUCUGUUGCUCACGGAUGAAUGAAAACUAUUUCUAGUUGAUUUAAUACAGCUGGUUUCAAAAAUGCUCAAGGACAUGGACUGUAGCCUAGAAAGAGAUUUUACUGGUAUUUGUAAAAUUGUAUAAUCUUUUUUUUUUUUUGAAAGUUACAUAAAUGAAUGAUGAAAAUGUGAAGUGUACUUCAGCUGAACCAGAGGCUCGCCAGUGUUUGGAUUUGAUCAGUUGUACUAUUAACUGAACCUCAGGUGACUUUACCAGCUUUUAUUUUGAAGGGGGGACUCCCCAACCGGAAAUGAUAUUACUUAUUUCGUUUUCUUCACACACGUUUUAGCAUCAGCUAGCCUACCAUUAUCAAAUUGACAAAUUUGUUCGUAGUUUAUAUUGUUCCUCCCGACAGGAUGCAGAUAUGCAGCGUAUGCAGCGAAACGACACCAAAAUACAGAUGUCCAGUCUGCAAAAUAAGAUAUUGUUCACUUGGCUGUUACAAGCUGCAUAAAGACACUUGCCUCCCUGUUGAACAGACUGCACCCUCUGUUCCUGAAGUGAAGGAGGCCGUCAGCGCCGAGCCGUGGAGUGUUGAGGAUCUCCUGCAUGAAGAAGACAUUAUUGACAAAGUGCCUGUGCAGAGGCUCCAGCUGUUAGGUCAGUCCAAAGAGCUGAGAGAUCUUCUUUGCAACCGUCAUCUGAGACAGUUGCUGCGCUCCAUUGACUGCGCCGCCAGCAAAGACGACGCGAUGAAGGCCGCGAUGCAGGAGCCUCUGUUUGUCGAGUUUUCAGAUCAGUGUUUGAAAAUUGUAGAAAAUGAAGCAAAAUCAUUAACAUCUAACGAAGCUGAUGAUUUGUAAAAUCGUGCCUGGAUUAGUUUUUUUUUUUAUUCCACCACACCUGUGCCAUAUUGUUUUCUGGUUGUCCAUCCGUUCAUCCCAUUCUUGUGGCCUUGUUUCUCAGCAAACCCUUCAGGGAAUUUCUUCAAAUUUGGCGCAAAUAUUCACUUGGACUCGAGGACAAACUGAUUUGAUUUUGGUGGUCAAAGGUCAAAGGUCAAGGUGACCUCACAAAACACUUUUUAGCCAUAACUCAAGACCUCACACAGCAAUUAUGACAAAACUUGACACAAAUGGUUCAUACUUUAUGACCCUGGAUAAACAGGGAUGUAACCUGGAACUAGUCUGUGUGGUGGAGGGAUACAACCAAAGGAGGUUUUUCAGAUCAUUUUUUGAUACAUUUGGAGGGGGAAAUUAAUUUUUUUAUAUAAAAUGUCUUAGAAUAGGCCGCACUGUCGUGUGUUGUGUGGCUGCUUUAAUUUCUUGCCACAGUAUGUACAGUAUAUAGUGUUUAAAUAAAUGUUUAAACUUUUAAAAACAUCAGUUCCUGAGUCAACACUAAAUGAUUUACUGUGACAUGAACGCCUGAUCACACGCAGACAAAGUUUGAGUUGUAAAGAAAAUUUUGUACAUUAAAGAUUUUAUAACACUGACAUUUAUUUAAAUAUUAACAAAAUUCAAGUUCUUGUACACAGAUCCCUUGGUCCCCCUGACAAAAAACAUUACACAAAACCUCUCGAUCCUGACACAUUGACGUGAAUGUACAGCAGAAUAUAAAAAAAAAAAAAAGAGAUGAAAUAAUUCAGUGAGCUAAUGAAGACAAGCUAGGAAUCAAAAGAGCCUGUGAGUAUGUUUGGAUCAAAAGCUUCAAAUAUAAACAUCAGUUUUAAGUUACAUGCUUCAUGUUUAGUAAUAUUUUUUAUGGCAAAAAGAAAAAUGCUUUGUGAAUGAAGAUAAUAACAUGUUAGUUAAAAAACAAUCAACUUUUUCUUCCACACAGAACACUGUAGUGUACAAAGACUUUGGUUGUUAUACAGUACUGUCAUUGCUUUGGACUGCAGCUGAUAAAAUCAACAUAGAAAGAUGUUUGGCUGAUGAGAAUAUUAUAAAGCAGCAAUAUGAAUUAACCUGGGUUCCUCCUUUCUCCGUUUCACACCAGUGAUGUGUUUGCUUGUUAAUGAUUGUUGCAGUGAGUGAGCAGGUGUGUGGUUUUUAAUGUGCAAUAUGUGCUUUACAUGUGCAAUACUUGCUUAAUUACCAUUUUCUUCCCGGCACCAACCACAGUCAAAACAAAUGCAGGAUGUUAACAUCUGCAGUCAUGUGCAGCGGAAUCACCCAAAAAUACAUGUAUGAAUUCACACUUAAAUAAUCACCUUUAAAUAAAUACAUUCUAACAGCCCACUUUUCAUUUGAGUGUAGAUUUUUUUUU